CCUUCGAGAAAAGCUUAAACCCUGCAGAAAUUUUGUAUCUUUAUUAAAUUUUAGUUUAUUAAUCUACAAAAAAGGAAGAAAAAAAGGAUGGGUUCUCAAAUUGAUUCAACUAAAGAAGAGAAAUUGAAGUCUCUCUUGGGUCAGCUUGAAGUAGAGUGUGGUAUUUUGGAAAGAAUUGUUUACAAGAACAAGAACCAGCAUAGAAGAUCAUCUUAUUUCCAGUAUCUUUUAAAGGUAAGGAGGGACUUGAGACUGUUGAAAUCUGCUAAUUUGGACGAAUUACUAAAUUCCUGCUUUCUAGUUAUCAAUGGAAAGAGACCUAAACAAAAGGUGCAUCUUUUAGAAAGUUUGAAGAGGAGAAAAUAUGAGGUUGGAAAACCAAAUUUCAUGGAGCGACUUUUGGGAGCAGCACGCUUACUAUCACAAAUUGUUGAGCCCAUGUUGAGGGCAGCAACUGAGGUAUCUACUUUGCUAGCUCGCUCAUUUUUUAUGGGAUUUUCACUGACUGUUUUAGCUCUCCUUGCACGCCUUCGAGUUUUGGUUCAACAAAUAUUACUUGAUAUUGUCUCAGUGUUCAAUACUGUCUGUUCUCUCUCCCAAAAGAAGCACUCUGUAAAAAUAACUCAUGAAGAAAUUGAGGUAUAUAGGGAGAUUUAUCCAAAAAAAAAGGACUAUGUCACCCUAGAGUGUGUCUGGGACACAGAUAAGUUUGUAUUGGUUGAGAGGAUGAAUAAAUGUGAGAUUGAAAUGCAAGAACGGGAUAAUGGUGGAGAAGUUUCAGUAGGAGAUAAUGCGGUGCUGUACAAGACCAUUGAGUCUUUUCUUGGAGAUGAUGAACCAACAACAGAGAAGGCUGAUGCAGAAAGAUUACCUUAUAUGAAAGACUCUACAAACGACUUGAUAACAGCCCCCUUGAUUGAGGAUGAGGACAACAAGCAGGUUGGAAAUUUUGCUGAAAAGUUAGAUACCGCUGUUACUACCGAAACCCCUAGCAAAAAUGUAUCCCAAGCUCACUUGCUUGCAGACACCAUCACUUCUGCUAGCUCAGAUGGUUUAAAAGGGACGUCCAAUGUGAGGAAAGUGGCAUUUGUAUCUGUAAAAAGGCCAGCAUCUUCAGCAGCAAAUCCAACUGAUCUUCCUUGGAAGGCUGCUCCAUCAACAAUGAAUCCAACUGGUCUUCCUUCAAAAGAAACUGGAAGCAAAGGAGGUGACAACACAGAUGCAUUUUAUAGGUUGCUCACCCGUGGAAACCUCAAAGAUAGUCUCUUUUGAUAAUUGAUCAAUCCAACAAGCCAUUCUUUCAAUUUUGUUUGUCUUGUAUUCUGUAAUUUUAUUUCCCAUAUUGGUACCAUAGGUGGGUAAAGAAUAAAAUAAUCAAAGAAAUCAAAUCCCAAAUACCACCUCACCAGGAAUACCUAGACAUGCUUGUUAUCACAAUUUUGGUUUCGUAAGGGAAUAUGUCAUUUGUACAUGUCAUUGAAGUUUCAUAAAUCAGAAAACUUAUUUAUUUUCAGUUGAAUUUGCA